AUGCCAAGGUCUUUCCUGGUGAAAAAGGUGAAGCUUGAUGAUUUUUCAUCCUCGGACCUCGACAGCUCAUACAGCAGGUCCAGGACUGAUCUGAGUCUUCGCAUUCACGAAAAAGGUUACAUUAGCGAAUACAUCAGCCCGUCUGUCUAUGAUGGAGAGAGCGACGGGGGCAUCAAAGUGCCGUCUCCCGAGCCCAUCUACGAUGGAAUCCACAGUGAUUACGGGGCAGCGGACUCGGACCAGGUCGACAGCCCGCAGUCGGAGAUCAGCUCCGGAUACAUCAACGGAGACACCGCGGUGAGCGAGGGAUAUACAGUGGAUGCUUUCUUCAUCACGGACGGAAGAUCACGGCGGAAAGUUAUCAGCAGUCCCCGGGCCAUCCAGCGGCAUACGUGCAACGAGUGCGGGAAAACAUACGCCACGUCUUCCAACCUGAGCCGGCACAAGCAGACUCACCGGAGCCUGGACAGCAAGUUGGCCAAGAAGUGCCCGACCUGUGGUAAGGUGUACGUGUCCAUGCCGGCGAUGGCCAUGCACCUGCUCACCCACGACCUCAAGCACAAGUGUGACAUCUGUGGCAAGGCGUUCAGCAGGCCCUGGCUCCUGCAGGGCCACAUGAGGUCGCACACGGGCGAGAAGCCCUUUGGAUGUGCACACUGCGGAAAAGCUUUCGCGGACCGCUCCAACCUGCGGGCGCACAUGCAGACUCAUUCCGCGUUCAAGCAUUUCAAGUGCAAACGAUGCAACAAGACUUUCGCGCUCAAGUCCUACCUGAACAAGCACUAUGAGUCGGCCUGCUUUAAAGGCGCUUUCUCGCCACUGAGCCCACUCGAAGCAUGA